GGUGUGUCUGCAUGGUUUUGUAUAAAGUCCACAUAGACAGACAAGCAGAUGCAAUCUUCCACCCCUAUGGAACGAUCACUGUUCUUCUCUCUUUUCUUGCUCUUCUCAGUAUCCAUCGUUGCCCAAUCUACUGUCCCUUCAAAUUCCACAUUUAAGAAAGUCAAUACUGGAGAGUGGUCGGAAGCCAUUUCAGAGUACAGUUCAGAUUUUCGUGCCCUGGACAUCUCUGCCUCCGUUUUCCAAGUUUGCUUUUAUAACACCACCCCUAAUGCAUUCACUCUCGCAAUACGUAUGGGUACGAGGAGGUCACCGGCAGUGAGGCGUUUUGUUUGGGAAGCCAACCGAGGCAACCCAGUUGGUGAAGAUGCCACUCUCACUUUUGGUGAGGAUGGAAACCUUAUCUUGGCCGAUGCUGAUGGCAGGGUUGCUUGGCAAACCAACACUGCCGACAAAGGUGUUGUAGGCUUGCAAAUGCUACCGAAUGGUAACAUGGUGCUUCAUGACUCUAAGGGCAAUUUCAUCUGGCAAAGUUUUGACUAUCCCACUGAUACUCUUUUGGUGGGUCAAUCUCUUCGUGUUGGAGGCGUCACCAGGCUUGUGAGUCGAGCCUCUGACAAAAAGAACACAAACGGAGCCUAUAGUCUGGUAUUAGAACCCAAAAGAAUAGCCAUGUACUAUAAGAGUCCAAACUCUCCCAAGCCAUACAUCUACUACACAUCUGAUUUGUUUAGCAUACAGAAAGGGCGUCUACAAUAUGUGAGGCUAAUCAAUUCGGCUAAUGAACUGAGUCUUCAGUUCUCUACAGGUGGUGGACCCUUGCUCUCUAAGCCCAAUUUCAACAGCACAUUGUCAUUUCUCCGACUUGGGGUAGAUGGCAAUCUUAGAGUCUACAGUUUCAACAACCAGGAAACUUCAGCUUCUUGGGAUGUGACUUUCACUCUUUUCUCUAAAGAUGCAAGUGUUUGGGAAAGUGAGUGUCAAUUACCAGAGAAAUGUGGCAAGUUUGGGCUCUGUGAGGACAGUCAAUGCGUUGGUUGCCCAUUACCAAAUGGGCUUGGGAACUGGACCGAGAGCUGUGAACCUGUGAAGGUAACUGUAUGUAACAAGAACUUCUAUUACUAUAAACUAGAAGGGGUUGAUCAUUCCAUGAGCAAGUAUGGAAAUGGAAAUGGACCCUUGAAGGAGAACGAUUGUGAGAAGGAAUGUUCCAGUGACUGCAAGUGUUCCGGUUACUUUUACAACACAAAGACAUCUAUGUGCUGGAUUACUUAUGAUCUACAAACUCUGACGAGGGUUGCAAAUUCUACACAUGUGGGUUACAUAAAAGUGCCGAAUCACCAGUGAAGCUGGCCUGCUUGUUUUCACUAAGGCAUGUAGUAGAAUACUGAGAUCGUUAUAGUUUUCUUAUACGCACGCGUUUACUUGGCGGGGCUAGUUUAUCGCUAGCUGACAUUUCUGGAGCAGUGUUUGCUCGCAAGUGCCUGAUUUAAACUCUCUGUUUACUGUUUCCUUCUGUAGCAAAAUAAAAGUGGUAAUAAAAACCAUUUGAGCAUUUCAAUUUC